GGGAGGGAGGUGUUGGAAAAGAAAUGCGUUGGGUCGGAGGAAUUUAGAAAUUCAUUGUUUGGCUUGGUGAAUUAACCCCAACGUGAGCAUUAUCGCGGGUAUAUCUGGGCUUACAGAGCAGCUCGAUGGGGUUGAAUAGGUUUUCCUGGUUCACGCGGUGCUUUAUUGUCAUAUUUCUUCAGUUUCGUGCGAAACAGUCCCAUUCGGUCUGUCAGAAAGUCUCUAGCUCGAGGACGUCCCAGCCUUGGGUACUUUGAGACCUAGGGACUUCAACUCCCACAAUUCCCCCGUAAGCAUGGGUGGCCAGGGAAUUGUGGGAGUUGAAGUCCACAGGUCUAAAAAUGACUAAGUUGGCUGUCCUUUCUGUAGCUUAAGGGGAAACUGGAUGAAGGUGUGUCUCCUGUUUUCUACAGCUGUUGGCAUUCUUUCUGAAAAGGCGUAAAAUGGUCUGAACCCUUUUCCUUGAAAAAGAGACUUUGCUGAGGUCAAGCCCCCUUCCAAGCUAUUUGUGGUGAGAGAUGGAAAGUUCAUUUAUAGAUGAUGAAGAGGAUUGCCCUGAAUUGAUUCCCAUAAAGGAGCCAGCAAUAAAGGAUAAUGUAGAGGACAUUCAAUCUAGCAACAACUUUAAGAUUCCUGUUACUAUCAUCUCAGGAUAUUUAGGUGCUGGAAAAACUACUCUUCUUAAUUACAUUUUGACUGAACAACAUAGCAAGAGAAUAGCAGUUAUUUUAAAUGAAUUUGGUGAAGGUAGUGCGUUGGAGAAAUCCUUGGCUAUAAGUCAAGGUGGAGAACUUUAUGAAGAAUGGCUGGAGCUCAGAAACGGCUGUCUUUGCUGCUCAGUAAAAGACAAUGGUUUGAAAGCAAUUGAAAAUUUGAUGCAGAAGAAAGGGAAGUUUGAUUACAUUUUGCUAGAGACAACCGGAUUGGCAGAUCCAGGUUCUGUGGCCUCCAUGUUUUGGGUUGAUGCUGAAUUGGGAAGUGACAUUUAUCUUGAUGGUAUAAUAUCGGUUGUUGAUGCAAAGCAUGGACUACAGCACCUGAAAGAAGAAAAACCAACGGGCCUUAUUAAUGAAGCUGCUAGGCAAGUGGCCUUAGCAGAUCUUAUCAUUAUCAAUAAGGUAGACUUGGUUUCACAAGCUGAACUGAUGAAAUUAAGAACAGCUAUCUGCACAAUAAAUGGAGUUGCCAACAUUUUAGAAACUCAGCGUUCAAGAGUUGAUCUCUCUAAUGUAUUAGACCUGCAUGCUUUUGAUGGUGUAUCAGGAAAAAGUUUGCAGCAGAAACUUCAGCUUGAAGAAGAACCUCGUCCACAUCUAGAUAAGAGUAUUGUUACAUCCACUUUUGAAGUUCUAGGAAGUGCAACCGAAGAAGACCUAAAUGUGUUUAUUCAAAAUCUGUUAUGGGAGAAAAAUGUAAAAGACAAGAAAGGUAACCCCAUGGAAGUAAUAAGACUAAAGGGAUUGGUGUCCAUCAAAGAUAAAUCACAUCAGGUGAUAGUUCAGGGUGUUUAUGAGCUCUAUGAUCUAGAGGAAACAACUGUGAAUUGGAAAGAGGAUGAACGAAUUAAUCGAUUGGUCUUAAUAGGAAGGAACCUGGAUAAUGAUAUCCUUAAAGACCUCUUCAUAGCAAAUGUGACCAAAAUAGAGGAAAAUAGUUGAUACCAGCUUCUGAGGAAAAGUGCUUUUUAACCCUGCAUUUUUUACCAGUGAAUUAUUAAAAUAUUUUGCGCCUAUUUUUCUUUUUUAAUAGUUGAGCCUUACAAAACUAUUGCCCAUAUAUAGAAUAUCAAGUCUGAAUUUGUCUAAAAUUAGCAAUUAAUAAAGUAAAUAUGUGUAUAUCUUUGAAAUAUCAUUUCUCAGUCUUUGUUCCAAGAUGUUCCAUUUAAAAAAAAACCCCGCACACAUUAGUUAUGGGAAUGCAUACCCAUAAUUUUCAGCCAAUAUGGCCAACAGACAAUGGCGGUUGUUCAAGAGUAUAUCAGGAUAAAGAUUAGGGAAGGGUACUAUAAUGAACGUUGAAAAUUGUUUCUUUAGAGCAGGGGUAUCCAACCUUGGCAACUUAAGACUUCCACUCCCAGAAUUUCCCAACCAUAAUGAACUCCCAGUUCUGAGAGUUGAACUCUACAAAUCUUAAAGUUGCCAGGCUUGGAUACCCCUGCUCUAAACUAAUGAAAUCACGGCUCAAAUGUGAAUACAUUUCUUUAGUUUUGAUACACUUCUGUUUUUUAAAGAACCAGGAUGCCUUAUCAAAAGAAAUGAGGAUGACACAACUUUAUUUUAAAGGUAGGAGUGUGAAUCUUCUGCUUGAAAGGAAAUUUGAAUCCCUCAAAGGUAGAGAGCAUGGCUAGUUCUUUAAAGAGAAGAAAAAAAUAUUGGCCAGUGAUUUCUCUCUCUCUCUCUCUCUGAAAGCAAACUGCAGAAAAACAUUCAUUUUUCACCCUUUUCCAUUGCGCUAUAAACUCUGAUUUCUGUUCAGUUGCCUAAUUGGGUAUAGUGGUUGGACUGCCAUCCCAAGCACUGAUUUCCUGAAUCUCUAAGACAGCACUUGUUACUUCUUUCGAAGCCAUAGAUAUAAAUGGACGUAAGUAUCACACCCUGUAAUAAACCACUAUUUUAUUAACUCUUCUAAUGUAUCAGAUUUCACAU